AUGUUUUCAAACUCUGACACUGGAAAACUUGAUGAUCCAAAGGAAGCUAUUAGCAGGGCUAAUAAUUUAAUGAAAGAUUUCAGCGAACCAUCCAAUUUAUUUGAAUUUAAACUUUUGGUCGAAGAUCUUAGAUUAAAGUUUCCUGCAAAACUAUUAAUCAACGCACUUAAACUGUUGAGUGAUGUCUCCUUAUUUGAUUAUUAUACAGAAGAUAUCAUUGCUCAUUUCGAAUUACAUCUUCGUACUUGGGCGGCAACUCUUGAAAAAGUUAUCUAUUCUACUAUUGUAUUGAAUCAGGAAUUCUAUGACAAACUUUAUAGUAGCUUAGUUAGUUUCAUCGAUAUUCAUUAUCAUAUAACAUUAUUUUUUAAGCAACAAGUUAAUCUUGAUAACGCCGGUGACGAUUAUUCAAAUUUUCAAAAUUAUAACAUUAAUUUCUUAUUAAUUCACUUACGUGACUGUUUACACAGUAUACGCAAAAAUGAAACUAGUUCGGAUGAAUUCUUACGUUAUGGGAAAGAUUUUCUUUUAAAACUCAUUCGCAUUACACCUAACGCUAAUGGUGAUGCUUCCGAAAAUAUUCCGGAAAUCUUUGGAGGUUCACCUGUCGUUGAAACUUUACCAAAACUUAAUGGUUUCUUAAAUUUCAAACAUUCCGUCCCUAAGUGGUAUCAAAAAUGGCGAGAGUUCUUAUUUAUUCAUUAUUCCUUAGAAGAUUUAAUUAGGGAUUCAAAUCAUGGUAUUUUACAAUACCAUAAUAACGCUUAUAUUUUGGAAUUUUUUUGGCAAUACAUUUUUGAUCCCGAUCUUGAUCAAUCCGAGUUAGAAGAAGACGUCACAGAAAUUUUAUGCAGUCAAGAGGAUUUUUCAAGUCUUUUUAUUGAGUAUAGACUCACAGAUUUACCCUACUUCCUAUGGUUUGGUAUAUUAGAUUUUGCUCAAAAUCUAUGUCAUAAAAUUUCACAACCGACCAUCUUAACGUUUUUUUAUCACCUAAGUCUUGAAGUAUUGAAAAAAUCUCAAUUUGAAUAUCUUCAAUUCAAAUCUUUGGAAUUACUUUUAUACUUAUCUUAUAAGGAACCCGAAUGGUUUAAGAAUUUGGUUCAUAAAGAAAUCAACAAAUAUUAUGAAUCAUUACCAAAAGAUUCUAUGCAAAAAUUUAAGGAUCUUGUCGAUAAUGUAAAUUUAAAACUUCAAUUAGACAAGAAAUUUAUUAAAACUAUUAUACUUCCAUCAAAUUACAACAAAGAAUCUUGGCUCUUUAAGGAGAAAUUGUCGGCAAGAAAAAGUGAUACUCUAUUUAAAGAAAUUUUUAUAGAACAAUUAACGUGCCCAGUUACUGGUGAUUUAACUAGUGAUUUUCUUAUUUUAGGAUGUAAUCAUUUAAUUAGUUAUAAUGCUAUAAGGUUAAUUUCGGUAGAAAAUAAAAAUUCAAAAUGCCCUUUUUGUAAAUCUGAAAUCAAAUUAGAAUCGAUAUAUAAGCUUUCAAGAAAUGCAACACUUAAAGGUCUUUUUAAAACAUUAGAACGAGCUGGUAAUUCAAAUACUUUAAUGGAAAAUCAACAAUUAAAAGCAGAAUUGAAAAUUUUACCAUCAAAAAUUACGCUUUCAACAUUCAAUAGAGCAAUUAAAACCUUACGACAACAUGAAUAUUCAACAGCAGUAAUGUGGUUAACUCGAAUUCUACAUUUUUAUCCAAAAAGUUAUUCAAUUCGAUGUAAAAGAGCAUUUGCAUCUUUGAAAAUUGAAAUGUAUUCACAAGCUUUGGAUGAUCUCACGAUAGCAAUUCAAUUAAGACCAACCAAAUCACUUGCUUAUAUUUAUAAAUGUCAUAUAAAUCUUAUCGAAAAAAAUGAUGUUGAUGCAUUAAAAGAUAUAGAAACAAUUCUAAGAAUCGAUCCUGAAAAUAUAAACGCAAUAUUAUAUAAAUCAAAAAUUUAUUCCAACGAAAAGAAAUUUAAUGAAGCAAGACAUGAAAUUAAAAAAGUUAUAAAUCAAAUUAAUUACCCUCAUCCGAUCAUAUCAAAUUUAUUCGAAAAGUUUAAUAGGCCAAAUAAAAUGAUUUUUGGAUUAGGAAAUUCUUUACCUAUUCAACUUUAUGAUAUGGAUCACGCUACAAUAUCCGGAUACGUUUUAUUACAAUCAUGUAAUAAUAAAGAAUUAAUAAUGUCAUGUUGUGAUCAAGCUAUUAAAAAUGAUGAAAAAAAUAUAAUCGCUAUUGGGAUCAAAGGUGUAUUAUAUUAUAUAAUGGGAUCUUUCGGUAAAGCUUUAAUUAAUUUUCAAGAUGUUUUAGAAAUAGAUCCAAGUCCAAUUGCUUUAGAAUGUUAUGAAAAAACCUAUCAAAUGCUUCAAAUUUAUGAUCAUAAAUGGCUUAAAAAAUUAAAUAAGUUAGUUCGAUUAAAUAUAAAUCAAACAAAUAUUUUUAAUUCACAUCAAAAAAAUGAAUUAAUGAUAUUUAAAGAUCAAGAUGAACAUUUUAUACGACUUAAUGUAAUGUUAGAUACUAAUCCUAAUAAUUCAUUAGCAUUAGAAACUCGUGGAUUAAUUUAUUUUGGAUUAGCUCUUAAUGAUUUAAAUAAAUCAUUAAUAAUAGAACCAAAUAAUGCAUUUGCAUUAAUGAAUCGUGGUGCAACUUAUCGAUUAAUGAGUAGAUAUGAAGAAGCUCUUAUGGAUUUAAAUAAAUCUUUAAGAUUAGAACCUGAGGAUGCAUUUGCUUUAAGAAAUCGUGGUGCUGUUUAUUGUAUGUUAGAUAGAUAUGAUGAAUCUCUUAUUGAUUUAAAUGAAUCAUUAAGAAUAGAACCAAAUAAUGCUUUUGCUUUAAAUAAUCGUGGUGCAACUUAUCGACUUUUAAAUAGAUAUGAAGAAUCUCUUGCUGAUUUAAAUAAAUCAUUAAAAUUAGAAUUAAAUGAUGUAUGGACUUUAAGUGAUCGUGGUGCAACUUAUCGUUUAAUGAAUAGAUAUAAUGAAGCUCUUGCUGAUUUAAAUAAAUCAUUAGAGAUUAAUCCAAAUAAUGCUUGGACAUUAAGUGUUCGUGGUGAUACUUAUCUCCUUGAUAAAAUGAUCAUAGAAAUGCUUAUUACUAUUAUUCCAGUCAACAAAAAACUAUAG